AUGGCUUCCUCCACCACCACCCGUCUCAUCCUCCACGAUGAACCUCAAACCCGCCACCAUCUCGCCGGAUCUCCGGUGGGUCGGCGUCUAUCCCUGAUUAACGUCCAUUUCAGGAUCCCCGUUUCCUUCCUUAUAAUCUUUGCUCUGGUUGCUGUAAUCCAAAACCAAUCACAACAAAUAUCGGCGGUAGACAUCCUUCACGGCGAAGAUAAAUACUCCUCCGCCACCACGUUCGCAUAUCCGUUGCCGGAGGUUGAGCUGAAAGGAAUUGCCAUACAGUUGGAAUCGAAUGCCGAGGUUGAGUGGCAACGCUCAGCUUACCAUUUUCAGCCCGAUAAGAACUUCAUCAGCGACCCUGAUGGCCCAAUGUAUCACAUGGGAUGGUACCAUCUCUUCUACCAGUACAACCCGGAAUCUGCCAUCUGGGGCAAUAUCACAUGGGGCCACUCAAUAUCAAGAGACAUGAUCAACUGGUUCCAUCUACCCUUCGCAAUGGUCCCGGACCACUGGUACGACAUUGAAGGUGUCAUGACCGGGUCCGCCACCGUCCUACCCAACGGCCAGGUCAUCAUGCUCUACACCGGCAAUGCUUACGAUCUCUCCCAACUACAGUGCUUAGCAUACGCCGUCAAUUCAUCAGAUCCACUCCUUUUGGAAUGGAAAAAAUACGAAGGAAAUCCUAUUUUGUUCCCACCACCUGGGGUAGGAUACAAGGAUUUUCGGGACCCAUCGACAUUAUGGAUGGGUCCCGAUGGGGAAUGGAGAAUGGUAAUGGGGUCCAAGCAUAACCAGACUAUCGGUUGUGCAUUGGUUUACCGUACUACUAAUUUUACGCACUUUGUGCUGAACGAGGAGGUGCUUCACGCUGUUCCCCAUACUGGUAUGUGGGAAUGUGUGGAUUUGUAUCCGGUGUCCACGACGCACACGAACGGGUUGGAAAUGAAGGAUAACGGGCCUGAUGUUAAAUACAUUUUGAAACAAAGUGGCGAUGAAGAUCGACAUGAUUGGUAUGCGAUUGGGAGUUUUGACCCUGUAAACGAUAAAUGGUACCCAGAUGACCCUGAAAACGACGUUGGAAUAGGACUAAGAUAUGAUUAUGGAAAGUUUUAUGCUUCUAAAACUUUUUAUGAUCAACAUAAAAAGAGAAGGGUGCUUUGGGGUUAUGUCGGUGAAACCGACCCCCCUAAAGACGACCUUUUAAAAGGAUGGGCUAACAUUUUGAAUAUUCCAAGGUCUAUUGUUUUGGACACGCAAACGGGAACCAAUUUGAUUCAAUGGCCAAUUGAGGAAGUGGAAAAACUGAGAUCUAAAAAAUACGAUGAAUUCAAAGAUGUGGAGCUCCGACCCGGAUCACUCAUUCCCCUCGAGAUUGGCACAGCCACACAGUUGGAUAUAAGUGCGACAUUUGAAAUUGAUGAAAAGAUGUUAGAAUCAACGCUUGAAGCCGAUGUUUUGUUCAACUGUACGACUAGCGAGGGUUCAGUCGGGAGGGGUGUGUUGGGCCCAUUUGGAGUUGUGGUUCUGGCGGACGCCAACCGCUCCGAGCAACUUCCGGUGUAUUUCUAUAUUGCAAAGGACACCGAUGGAACCUCAAAAACUUACUUCUGUGCUGAUGAAUCAAGAUCAUCGAAGGAUAAAAGCAUAGGAAAAUGGGUAUACGGAAGCAGUGUUCCUGUUCUUGAAGGCGAAAAAUACAACAUGAGGUUACUGGUGGAUCAUUCGAUAGUGGAGGGGUUCGCACAAGGUGGAAGAACGGUGGUGACAUCAAGAGUGUAUCCGACGAAGGCAAUCUACGGCGCUGCUAAGCUAUUUUUGUUCAACAACGCCACCGGAAUCAGCGUGAAGGCAUCUAUCAAGAUCUGGAAAAUGGGGGAAGCACAACUCGAUCCUUUCCCUCUUUCUGGGUGGAGUUCUUGA